AAAAUAGCGGAAUUUUCGAAGACACCAGAAGACUUCCUGAAGAAAUACGAUGAGCUCAAAUCCAGGAAUGUGCGAAACGUGGAUCCUCUGGUCUACCUGCUGUCCAAGCUGACUGAAGAUAAGGAGACCCUGCAGUGUCUACAGCAGAAUGCCAAGGAAAGAUCUGAGCAGUCAGCCAGUGCCUCCUCCAGCAGCACAAACUUCAGCAUCCCUGCCACCAGCACAAAGAUGUCCAUGCAAGAGCUGGAGGAGCUAAGGAAGAAACUUGGGAAUGUGGCAGCCAGCUCCAGUGUACAGCAGCCCUCCGAGGUGACGAGGAAGAUGCUGAGGGACAGACACAAUAAGAAGAGUCCCCUGCAGCCAAUUCCAGUGUUUCCCAACUGGGUGUACGACAGGCCUGCUCUUCUUGGGGAUUUUAUCACCGGCUCCAGUGGGACUGACUCAGCAGUGCCUAUUGGUACCCUGCCAUUAGCAGCUCAAGAGCAAGCGUUGGUAGAAGACUUGCUGUAUCUGUUGAUUGGAGUGGACGGCAGGGACAUCACAGCCCAGCCUGUCAUAGGCAGGCAGAGUCGCGCCUUCAGCAUUGAUGCUACUCUGGACGUGUCCAUUAAAGAGCUGGUGAACAGGAUCCUUCCAGUAGCAGCCAGUUAUUCCACAGUUACGCGGUUUAUUGAGGAGAAGUCUUCUUUUGAGUACGGCCAGGUAAAUCACGCAUUAACGGCUGCAAUGAGAACGUUGAUGAAGGAGUACAUGAUCCUGGUGACGCAGCUGGAACACCUGCAGAGGCAGGGGAUGCUCUCCUUGCAGAAACUGUGGUUUUAUAUCCAACCUACGAUGCGCACGAUGGAAAUCCUGGCUUCGAUUGCGACCUCGAUUGACAAGGGAGACUGCAUGGGUGGGUCGACACUGAGCCUUCUGCACGACCGAACCUUCAACUACACAGGCGACAGUCAGGCCCAAGAGCUGUGUCUCUAUCUCACUAAGGCUGCAAGUGUUCCUUAUUUUGAAAUUCUGGAAAAGUGGAUCUACAGGGGGAUCAUCAAGGACCCUUACAGUGAAUUCAUGGUGGAGGAGCAUGAGCUGCAGAAGGAGAAGAUCCAGGAGGAUUAUAAUGACAAGUACUGGGAUCAGCGAUAUACAAUAGUGCAGCUCCGGAUCCCAUCCUUCCUCCAGAAGAUGGCGGACAAGAUACUGAGUACAGGCAAGUACCUGAACGUCGUCAGGGAGUGCGGCCGGGACGUCACCUGCCCCGACGCCAGGGAGGUCCUCUACACGCUGAAGGAGCGGGCCUACGUGGAGCAGAUCGAGAAGGCCUACAACUACGCCAGCAAAGUCCUGCUGGACUUCCUGAUGCAGGAGAAGGAGCUGGUGACGCGACUCAGAUCAAUAAAGCACUACUUCCUGAUGGACAAGGGUGAUUUCUUUGUCCAUUUUAUGGACCUGACAGAGGAGGAACUGAAGAAGCCUGUUGAUGACAUCAUACCUCCCAGGCUAGAGGCUCUGUUGGAGCUUGCUUUGAGGAUGAGCACUGCAAAUACAGACCCCUUCAAAGAUGACUUAAAGAUCGACCUGAUGCCACACGAUGUCAUCACUCAGUUGCUGCGGGUUCUAGCCAUAGAGACGAAGCAGGAGAAAGCAAUCAUCAACGCAGACCCCACUGAAAUCUCCCUGAGUGGGCUGGAGGCCUUUUCAUUUGACUAUAUUGUCAAGUGGCCACUAUCGCUCAUUAUUAACAGGAAGGCUUUGACGAGAUACCAGAUGCUGUUCCGACACAUGUUCUACUGCAAACAUGUGGAGAGGCUGCUGUGCAAUGUGUGGAUCAGCAACAAGACCGCCAAGCAGUAUUCACUGCAUUCUGCCAAGUGGUUUGCCGCAGCCUUUACUCUGAGACAGCGCAUGCUGAAUUUCGUGCAGAAUAUCCAGUAUUACAUGAUGUUUGAAGUUAUGGAGCCGACGUGGCACAUCAUGGAGAAUAACCUGAAAUCAGCAUCAAACAUUGACGAUGUACUGUGCCACCACACAAGCUUUCUGGAUAACUGCCUGAAGGACUGCAUGCUGACCAACCCUGAGCUGCUCAAGAUCUUCUCCAAGCUGAUGUCUGUGUGCGUCAUGUUCACCAACUGCAUGCAGAGGUUCACCCAGAGCAUGAGGGUGGACAGCGAGAUGAGUCGCCUCUCGCUCGAGCACGGGACGAUGAGCGGUCCCCCAUCCCAGAGCGAGCGGUCAGAGGAGGCGGAGAAGAAAAGACUGACCUCCAAGUAUUUGGCAGAACAUGCAGAUGCACUUCAGUCGUCUUCUGGAUUUGAGGCAACUAUCAGCCAGUUCGACAACAACUUCAGUACCCACCUCCUGGACCUGCUGGACAAGCUCAGCAUUUACAGCACCAACGACUGCGAGCACAGCAUGAUCAACAUCAUCUACCGGCUGGAUUUCAAUGGGUUCUACACAGAGCGGCUGGAGCGCAUGUCCAUAGAGAGGAGUCAGAAGGCCGCUGUCUAGAUGUGCUCCGCCCGUGUGAACCUGGGGAGGCAGCAGUGCCGAUGGAAACAACGUCUUCCAUUUUGAACAGGGAGUUUCACAGUGGAAAAACAGCUCUUUCACGUACAAUACAGAAGAGACUUAAGUGGUUCGUGUAAGACCGUGCCAUUUAAAUAUAAGUGUAAUACUUCGUAGGUUUCCACACCUGGGAUACAGAUGCACGUUAAAGAUUAACUUGACCAUGUCAGUUAAAAAGGACUUCCUCUAAAACUGAGUUACAUUAUUCUUGUAUUACAGUUGUUUUAACGCUGUCUUUAGAUGAAUAACGGGAGUGUAUUUGUAGAUAGUCGUUGUUUUAGCACUUUUUAGAACUGUUCCUAAUAUUUACAGAAUCGGUAAGCACCGCUCAGCUCUGCUCUGAAUAUUUUUAUAGCCGGAGUGAUUUCAAAGUGUGCAAACUGGGUGUGUGGGUGUAGAUGGAAGUAUUGGCAUAAAAUUGACAGCCUCAGGUAAACUAAUUUACUGGACUCAUAAUACUCCGUAAGGUAUAUUUGUGUUAGAAAAAAUACUGCAUUGACAAACAUAAUUUAAUAAGCAUGUCUGAAACUCAUCGAGUUAAUAAGACAAUACUUCUUCUGCGGCUGUGUAUCUUUGAUUUGCUAAAACCAGGAAAUUCACUUUUCCACGUGUACUUAAAAUCUUUUUUAUAUUUGAUGCAAUACAUAUGUAUGUUUAUGGUCUGGAGCAUGACAUGUAUAUCAUACAGUCUUGACAACCUUUUGUGGUUAAAAAUUAUAAUGAUAAAGAAGAUCAACAGUGUCUUAAUCCUGUAUUAGGUUUUUCACAGAACCGACAUGAUGUGAGUUAUACAAAGACGCAAGGUUUCUCUUAUUUCACUGAAUUAUUUUUACUCUGGCAUAUUUUUUUCUAAAUGAGUGUAUAUCUUGUGUAUAAAGUACAAACGUGUAUAUAAGUACAAAAGGUCUGUACGUCCCGUAGUUUUUAGGUGCUCCUCAUCAAUUUAAGUAUCGGGGAGGAGUUGAUACAAGUCCUUAUCUUUUACAAAUUACCUGGCUCCUUAAUUUUCAGUAAACAUGCUUUGCUGGAGGUUGUCUUCGGCGGCUCCUGACAGUGAAGAAUGGUUGGGCUUCAUGGCACGCAGUGACUCAGAAAAGCACUUCCUCUUGCACUACAGCUGGUCCUGAGCCGUGGGUAUAAUCCAUCGCUUCGGGGCUCGCUAGGUGAACACCCCGAGAUUAUGAAUGGUUCCACUUUUGGUUAAAAUUUGUAUGCUGUAUAAUGCGUGUAGCUUUGUGUUUGUUUUUUGUUAAUAAAACACCGAAAGAU